GUGAGAUCUUUUUUAAAUCAUCUGGUCAACCGCCAUUUAUCUCCGGUUCUGACGCUGCAUUCCCAGGAUCUGGACCAUCCGGACGAAGAUGUUGAUGAAGUCGAGUUCCAGGCUGAUGCUCUCAUUCACCGGGUCCUUCUUGAUAAUGCCCCUCUGGGCGAGACGGGCGUGGUGCAGGAUCCGCUGCACAUCAUACAGGGUGAAGCCGCCGAACACGGCGAGACCGCCGUACAGCCAGAUCCGCUCAGACCACAUCAGGGUGCGCGCAGCGGUCGCAGGAAGGACCAGAGGAGCGAGGCCGGAGAGGGCGACGAGAGUGACACCGGCCAGCAGAGGACCGCCCAAGUACAGGUACUUCUCCUGCUUGGCCGUGGCACCGACAAACGCGAUCGAGCCCAUCAUUCCCACCGUGUAGAGACCAGCACGAGCAAGGAGAGCGGGAGACAGGAACAUCAGAGGUGA